AUGUCAGCUAACUCUACGCAAACAAAUUCUAAUUCUGUACAAGUGGAUGAACAAGCAAGAACUUGGAUUCAAGGAAAAGUUGAGGAAGAACUAAAACGCCUAGAAAGUAUCGGCGCCAAAGCAGUUCCCUUAACUGCCAAAAAUUACAGUGUCAUUUUGGAUGAGAAUACGGAUACUGUAAUGAACAGAAUUGAGUUGAAAACCAGUUUUGACUUUAAUCAUGUGCACCAGAUCCUUUUGUCUCCAGUUCAACCAUACCCCUACAAUUCCAAUCUUAAAUUUUUGUACUUGGUGAUAUUGACAAGCCUACCUCACCCUAUGUUAAUUCCUUACCUGUUUGCUCCAAAAGUGGUUGGCAAGAAUUUGCUACCACGGGCUGAUGGCCUCAUUGAAAACACUUUGAAGCGUUGGAUUUUUAUUAACGAGAAGCUGCAACGAGCAGAUCAUGUGGUUCGUGAAUUUCAAGACGUUGAGGCAUAG